GAGAGCAGAAGAGCCGUGUAAAGACUGAAUCAGAUUCCCCCGGUUUUGAACAACACAUUCCAAUGCGGCCGGCAUCAGAAAUCCUAUCUUCCAAUCUCGACUGACUUCCGCCCUCUGAUUUCCCCAAAAUAGGCAGUUUUACUCCCCCUAUAAAUUGCAAUCGCGAUCAGAGAAGAGGAAAAUAUCACUUCAUCGGUCUCCUGAAUCGAGAUUUUUUUUUCUUUAAAGAUGUUUGCGUUCUUCCACAGUUCGGUUUCGUGCGGGCCGGAGGAGCUCCGCAGCCCCACGAGUCGCAAGGGAAAAUGGAAAAGCGGGCCUGAAAUGAUGGAUUCUUUCGUUGAGGCUAGGGCAGAGGCGGUCUGUUUGAAGGUGACGGAUGCAGGCGCCAUGGCCUUUUCACACCAAAACCAGAACCUUUUGCAGCCCCGAUGUUUAGCCUGUGUCGAUGACGUUUUCUGUAUUUUCGUCGGCUGCCUCGACAAUUUGGCCGUUCUGCGAAGACAAUAUGGGCUUUGCAUGAAUGCCAAGGAGAACAUGCUGAUCAUAGAAGCCUACAAGGCUUUGCGCGACAGGAGUCCUUACCCGCCUGACCAGGUGCUCAAUGAUUUAAACGGCUCUUUCGCCUUUGUUCUCUACGAUGCUUCUAGUCACACUAUCUUUGCUGCAGCGGAUAAGGAGGGGAAAGUAGCUUUGUAUUGGGGCAGUGCCUCGGAUGGAUCGCUGGUUUUUUCGGAUGAUCCAAAUGUUUUGCAGGAUGGAUGUGACAAAUCCUUUGCUCCAUUUCCACCCGGUUGUAUGUUCUGGAACGGAGGAGGUUUGCAGAGCUUUGAGCAUCCUCUGCACAAGAUGCAGGCGGUGACCAGAGUGGACAGUGAAGGGCAAAUGUGUGGAGCAACAUUUAGGGUUGAUAAAUUCAGCAGAAUAAAUAGCAUUCCGAGAGUUGGAAGCGCCUGCAACUGGGCUAAUCUUUAUUCCUUCACCAAUUAAAUGCUUCUGUACAUGUACAGAAAUCCUUCUUGAGGCUCUUAACCGCUUUGUUUAGAGGAGUGAAAGUUUCAUUGUGGCUGUUCCAUCGUUUCAACUGUAUAUUCUGCAUGUACAGAGAAGUUGGCUUUUGUGAUAUCUAGAGAAUCAGUUCUUGCUUUUAUCAAA